UUCCCUCCGCGCGAGGAAACCCUCCUCCACCGUUCCAUACAUCCAGGCCAGUCCAGCAGCUCUCAUCAUCCUUAGCUUGGCUCACCUCCUUAUAUACGCUCACGUACCCACCGAAGCACCUGAUACCUAGCUGCCUGCUCGUCGCCAUCGCCUAGCUUAUAGCUAGGACCCUAGGACGGGCGGGCAACCUGCGGAGGCGGCGCGGCGGUGACAAGGAGACCACCCUUUGCUUGGUAUGGCGUCGUCGACGCCGGUGGCGGCGGGGGACGACGCGGUCGGGACGCGGAAGGGCGGUACCGGCGGCAGUGGGGGCGCGGCGCCGCCGCCUCCCGCUACGCAGCAGCAGCAGCCGCCCCCGCCGCCGGAGCAGGGACUCAGGUGCCCGCGCUGCGACUCGCCCAACACCAAGUUCUGCUACUACAACAACUACAGCCUCUCGCAGCCGCGCCACUUCUGCAAGACAUGCCGCAGGUACUGGACCAAGGGCGGCGCGCUCCGCAACGUGCCCGUCGGCGGGGGCUGCCGCAAGAACAAGCGAUCGCGCUCCGCGGCGGCGGCAGCCGCGGCAUCGCGCCUCUCGCUCAACCUGCCGGUCGAGGGCGUCGGCGGCGACCAGCAGGCGGCGAGGCUGGGGUUCCUUGGCGCCACCGGAGGCGCUCCGGUGGCGUCGUCGCCGAUCGGCGGCGGCGGCCCCGCGGCUGACUACCAGCAGGCGGCAGGCGGCGCCGUCGGGAUGAUGGCGCUGCCGCGGCUCCACGCCCUCGGCGUUGGCCAGUACGUGCCGUUCGGGGAGUGGCCGUCGGGGGCCGGCGGGGACAUCUCCGGCGGCGGCGGAGGCGGCCACGCGAUGAGCGGUGGGGGCGCACACGGUGGCGCGGUGAGCAGCAACAUCGCGUCGUCCAUCGAGUCGCUGAGCUUCAUCAACCAGGACCUGCACUGGAAGCUGCAGCAGCAGCGGCUGGCCACCAUGUUCCUGGGCCCGCCGCCGCCGCCGCCGCCUACCUCCUCAGCGUCGCACAUCGACGGCGCACCGGCAGCGGCGCCGGCGCACAUCGGCGGCGCCUUCUUGCAGAUGGCGGGGCCGCCCGGCAUGGAGUCUACCAUGCCGGCGGCGACGUCGUGGUUCAUGGACAGCUCCUACGCUGUGCUCCCUUCCCCGCACGCGCAUGCUAACAACACAGCCGCCGCGGCCAUAACCGCCGCCGCCACCACCACCAACUGCAACGUCGGCCGGAGUAGCGGCGGCGACGACGACGAUGCCGCCAACUGCGGGAGCGCGAUCCCGUCGUGGGGCGACAUGUCGACGUUCGCGAUGCUGCCGUGAUCAGCUAGCUAGCCAUAGCUACCGCCCGAUGACGGCGCGGCAACAUGGAAGAGCUCCAGUUUGGGAGGGCUGAUUCCGAAGGAAUUGAGCUAGCAAAGCAGGAUCGGUGCAUGCAUGAAGCGCUAAUUUGUUGUGUGUUAAUUAUAACUACCUCUGUCCAUCUCUAACUUCAUAUAUUGGUCAAUCAUUGUGUGGUAUAUUAUAUUUGUCAAAAAAACAUUCUGAUCGAUCGGCAACCCAUGCUGCCAUGGUAGUCUUUUUCUUUUCUUUUCUCUUUAUUUCAUUCUUGCUCUUUUUCACUUUGUCCAUCCAUGCAGAGCGUAUUAAUCUGUCUGUCAUACUCA